AGAUCUUAUGCAGCAUCUGAGCAGAAACGCUAAGAAGAAAUAGGCAAAGAUGCUAUUAGUUCUCUGUAUAGCUUUCCUGCUGAUUUGCAGCACAGAAGCCCAGAAUCGGAUGCUGCAUGAACAGGAAGCUGUGUGCAAUGCUGAAGGAUGCUAUGCUAUCUUUUUCCACAAAAAAAGUUUUCUGGAUUCCUGGAGGAGCUGUCGUGAGAAAGGAGGUAGUCUGGCAAUUAUUAAGAGGCCAGAGGAAGCAGCAUUGAUUGAAGAAUUAUUUUCUGGGCUUGAUCUAACAGAAGACAAGGGACAACAAAAGUUUUGGAUUGGGCUACAAAGACAGCCUCGGCAGUGUACAACACUGAGACCACUGAGGGGCUUUACCUGGAUGACAGGGGAUCAGGACACCAAAUAUACAAACUGGCUGAAACCACCAACAACCACUUGCCCUGCUCCUCGGUGUGUAGUUAUGACUUAUGGUCGAGCAGCAGAGGUUCAAGCUGAAAACUUCAAGUGGCUGGAUGGAUCAUGCAGCAUACCAGUAGAUGGGUAUUUAUGCAAAUUCAGCUACAAAGGAAUGUGUCCAAAGAUUGAAAUCAGCACUGGCCUUGGUGAUGUGGUACAUUACACAACCCCCUUUAACCUGGUAAGCACACUUCUUGUUUACGUGCCUUUUGGGUCUGUAGCAACUGUUCCAUGUGGGGGUAUGAAACCUGACUUGUCAGUUCUCUGUGCACAGAAAGAGAAUGGACAGAUAGGCUGGUCCAGGGAAGAGCCUUUUUGCGAUGAGGAUCCUAAUGGGUUUUGCCUGAAAGACAAUGGGGGUUGUGAUCAUAUGUGCAUAGAAGCAAAAGAUUACUAUUAUUGUGAUUGUGAAGAGGGCUAUGUAUUAGAGGAUGAUAAACAAUCAUGCAGUCCAAUCGAUCACUGUGAACGUACCCCUUGCCAGUAUACCUGCAUUGGUAAUGGGGACAGCUACAUGUGCACUUGUCCUGAGGGCUAUAUCCUUGCAGAAAAUAGACAUGAUUGCGAGGACAUAGAUGAGUGCUCCCAAAUCACACCAUGUGAUCAGAUUUGCAUGAAUACUGUUGGGAGCUUUAAGUGUAAUUGUACCAAUGGAUUUCAGCUAAAAGGUGACUACUGUAAAGACAUAGAUGAAUGUAUAAAUGAACCUUGUGAUCAUGAGUGUGAGAAUACUGAAGGAUCCUACAAUUGCUAUUGCCACCUUGGCUUUAAACCUGGGGAGGAGGACCCCCACACCUGUGUGGAUACAGAUGAGUGCCAGAUACCUGGCACUUGUGAACAUAUGUGUGUUAACUACAUUGGAGGGUUUGACUGCUAUUGUAAUGAAGGUUAUGAGUUGGACUCAGAUUCAACUUCCUGCAGAGAGGUCAUGGCAACAGAAAGAAAAGAAACAGUAAAAUUUCCAAUAGAGAUUACAACUCCCAUGAUAAAUACUAACCCACAGCCUGUAGAAACAACUCAGGAAGACAAAAGUAUAAUAACAUCUAUAGAAGACUAUAUAAUGAUUGCUAAGCUACCAUCUGACCUUCCCCAGACAACAGUGCAGCAAGAAGUCACAGACGAAAUCUUGCACAAAUUUCAAUGGCGAAUAAAACAGGCAUCAAGUAGUCCUCAUACAGAAACAGAAUUAAACACAAAUUUAAUUACUGACAGCAAGGACAUCACUACAAUACAUGAACCGACAUCUGCACAAACAGAAUUAUUAAGUACUACAACAGACACUACCUCUAAAGAAAUGUAUUCGGGUCCUACGAGGGUCAGCCUGAUUCAUGCAAUGGAAAGUAUAUCACCGAAGGAAGCUAUUACAAAAGCAAGCAGUAAUCUUAACAUUCAUUUCACAAACAGGGUAAAGGUUUUGUCAUCAUGGACUGCACAGAACUCUCUACAAGGAUUGAAUAACUCCUCUUCAGUUCAUUUUGAUGGGCAUACCAAAGCAAACCCAAAGAAUGAUGACCGCUGGUUCACUGUGGCCUUACUGGUACCUCUCUGUACAUUUCUGGUUAUAAUGUUGGCCCUUGGCAUUGUGUAUUGCACUCGAUGUGGGAGUAAGAGCAAAACUAAGAGCAUUACUGAUUGCUACAGAUGGAUAACAAACACAACAAACAAAACUCCUGCCUCCAAAGGCAAUGGUUCAGACAAAUCAAAUGCAUAGGUACUGAACCCACAAAUAAAUGACACGUUUUGUGAUUCGCAGGCAACUGCAUAUUUUGUCUGAAAUAUUGCAAAGAUGCAAGCCAUCUUGUGAAGGAUUUUUUUUUUCUUUUAUAAUAAAGCAUAAAGUCACUAGGAGAAAAACUUGUGAAUAUUGUUAAUGAUUGGUGCUUGCAGUACUUAAUGUUGCCUAGUGGUGAAAGAGUUGCUACUGAGCUACAAAUCAACCACUGAUGAUUAAGCAGCAUUACUUUUUCCCAGCUAUAUGGCCUAUGGACCAAAAAUGUUGACCUUGUGUUGAAUUAUUGUAGAGCAUUCAAGAAACUGCAGCAAAGUCAUGUGUACAGUGUAAACCAAAUCUAAAAAAAAGGACUUGUGAAAAAAUCAGGUAUAUUUCAUUGCUGUCUUGUAUAGACCUUUUCUUUAGUUAACUGUUAUCACAACUGAAGCAUUUGUAAAAGUGUGCAUACUUUUUUGUUACAGCAUGAAUAUUGUUAAUUAAAAAUUAUUUCACUACUGUU